AUGAUGAAGCUCCUCUGCUCCCUUCUCUUGACAGCUAUUCUUUGCAGCACUUCUACUGCUGCAAGCGAAUCAUCCUCUGCUCGCAAGCUUUCCAAGAAAAGCGGCCGUUCUGAUAAACAGAGACUAGUGGCACUCAAAAUGGAAGCUACCAUGGCUUCCAACAAAGUCAUUGAAAAGGAUAUCGAGGACACCGACACUGCUCCGAAUGAGUCCAAGUACAAAUCCGAAUCCGACAAAAGUUUCAAGAACAACAACAAGAACAACAACCACGUGGUCCCUGAACCAACUCUCGAGCGUCAACCCGUGCAGGUUCAGGUCAAGCUUGGAAACAUGGACCUUGAGGAUCUCAACGCCGAGGAGACAAUGUAUUUCGAGUCGGCUCUUCGCAAGGCCAUUCAGCUUGCCCAAGACCAGCACCAGGGGCAAGAUGAAAAGCAUGGAGAAGAACAGGUCACGAUUGGCGCCAUUCUUGUGGAAAAUGGACACGGGACUCACCAACACGAUGGUGGUCGAAACUUGCGCGGUGAUCGCUCUCUAUGGCUAUCCUAUUCAUUUUUUAACGUUUGGACCAUCAUUGAAACCUUUCGUUGCCGCUUUUGCUUUUCCGCUCCUGCUGCUGUUACUGUUUCUGAAGAAGACGAUGAUGAUGAUGAUGACUACGUUGCGCCCGCUUAUGAUGACUACUAUUUCGAUAGUAGAGCCUACUACGACCAAUGGAAAGAAGACAUGAAUACAUACACUCGAGCACCCACUCCUGCUCCUACCCAGAGACCCACAUACGAAAUGGAUGAGUGGGAGAAAUGUCAGGCCAACAACAUGGUGCUAGGUAUCUAUGGUGGUUGUCGUCGCAAGUUGGGAUCUUCCGAGAAUUCCAAUACCAGCUUGGAAGAUAUUUUGUGUGGUUUACUUCGUGAGGGACCUCAUGAAUGCUUCCAUUCGGUGGACGAGUGUACUUUGGAGGUUUCCGAGUGGUAA